CGGAAUCUUAAAAAGAACCUUUGCAUGCCAGCAAACACCAUGCUGGGCGAACUCACAGGCCUCCCGAGCAUCUUCUGCCUUCUGCUCUUCUUACCUGUCUCAACCGGUUCCUGUCCCAGCCGUUGCCUGUGUUUUAGGACCACCGUCCGAUGUAUGCAUUUGGUCCUCGAAGCUGUUCCAGAAGUCCCACCUCAGACAAACGUCCUGGAUCUGCGCUUCAACCGGAUCAGAGACAUCCACCCUGGUGCCUUCAGGAAUCUGAAGAACCUCAACACACUGCUUUUGAACAACAAUCAAAUAAAGCACAUUGCACAAGGAUCCUUUGAAGAGCUCGAAAACUUAAAAUACCUCUAUCUUUACAAGAAUGAAAUCCAAAGCAUCCAGCAACACGCAUUCAAGGGGAUGAAUUCUUUGGAACAGCUUUACCUGCAUUUUAACAACCUUGAAACCUUGGAGCCUGAGACUUUUAGUGACCUGCCCAAACUGGAAAGACUCUUCCUGCAUAACAACCGGAUUUCCAGAAUCCAACCUGGAGCCAUCGCUCGACUGGAAUCCCUUAAACGGCUCCGUCUGGACUCCAAUGCCCUGGUGUGUGAUUGUGACCUGAUGUGGCUGUCAGAACUCCUCAAGAAAUAUGCCAUCCAAGGGAACGCCCAAACAGCUGCCACCUGUGAGAGUCCAAGGGAGCUGCAAGGUCGGUCCAUUGUCACCUUGAACAUUCAAGAAUUUAACUGUGAGAGGCCCCGCAUCACUACCGAGCCACGAGAUGCAGACGCCACCCUGGGCAACACCGUUUAUUUCAUCUGCAGGGCAGAAGGCAAUCCCAAACCCAAGAUCAUCUGGCUCCAUAACAACAAUGAAAUCAACAUGAAGGACGACGGGCGGCUCAACCUGCUGCAGGAUGGAACCUUAAUGAUCCAAGACACCCGGGAAUCGGACAAAGGCACCUAUCAGUGUAUGGCCAAGAAUGUUGCUGGGGAAGCCAAGGCUCAAGAAGUUGUCCUGCGCUACUUUGGCAACCCAUCCAAGCCCAGUUUUGUGAUCCCACCACAGAACACCGAAGUGCUGGUGGGGGAGAGUGUAACAUUGGAAUGUGGGGUGUCCGGGCACCCUCCCCCUCGUGUUGCCUGGAUGUUGAGCUCAGGAUCUCCUUUGCCACGAGACUCUCGCUUCACCAUCACCAGCUCUGGGGGCCUCUACAUCCAAAACGUCACCUUCACAGACCAGGGACAAUACAGCUGCAAUGCCAGUAACAGCGAAGGCUCUAUCCAGGCAACAGCAAAUGUGAUUGUACAAGAUACACCUAGGUUUUUGGUCACCCCGACUGAUCAGACCGUGACUGAGGGUCAAAGUGUUGAUUUCCCGUGCUCUGCAGAGGGCCAUCCUACACCCGUUAUCGCCUGGACAAGAGCAGGUGGGCCAUUGCCCAGCGAUCAGCGACACAGCGUCCUCUCCACGGGGACCCUGAGGGUGGUCCAGGUCACUCUUCACGAUCAAGGCCAGUACGAGUGCCACGCCAUUAGCGCUCUCGGCGUCCGGAGCUUCCCGGUGCAGUUCUGGGUGACUCCACGAGUGAUACCCGUGUUCCUUCGCCCUCCCCAAGAUACGGUUGCAAAGACCGGACAAGACAUUGAGAUGCCCUGUGCUGCCCAAGGAGAUCCACCGCCUACCAUCACGUGGUCCAAGGAAGGAAUUCAGAUCACAGAGAGCGGAAAGUUCCAUAUUAGCCCAGAAGGGACCCUCUCUGUCCGAGAUCUGGGAAUGGCGGAUCAAGGGAAGUAUGAAUGUGUAGCCAGGAAUACCUUCGGAUUCACUUCUAGCACUAUGCAGCUAACCGUCCUUGCGACCCAUGUCGGCAGAAGUGGCGACACCUUUGUAGCCACCUCGCUCCGGGAAGCCAUCAGCAGUGUUGACCAGGCCAUCAAUUCGACACGCACCACAUUGUUUAGCAAGCGGCCCAAAACUCCGAAUGAAUUGCUGGCCCUUUUCCGUUACCCCCGAGACCCGUAUACGAUCGAGACGGCCCGCGCUGGAGAGAUCUUUGAAAGGACCUUACAGCUCAUUCAGGAACACGUGCAGCAGGGGCUGGUGGUGGACAUGAAUGGGACAGGUUACCGCUACAAUGACCUAGUCUCCCCUCAUUACUUGAACAUGAUUGCCAACCUCUCUGGCUGUUCCACCCAUCGCCGCGCGCCCAACUGCUCCGAUAUUUGCUUCCACCAGAAGUACCGAACCCACGACGGCUCCUGCAACAACCUCCAGCACCCAAUGUGGGGGGCAUCCCUCACGGCGUUUCAACGCCUGCUCAAGCCGGCCUACCAGAAUGGCUUCAACCUUCCAAGGGGCUUCUCAUUGGUGGAAGACUCCAGGGAGCUCCCUCUUCCACUGCCACGGUUGGUCUCGACAGCCAUGAUUGGCACCGAGACGGUGACCCCCGACGACCGGUUCACGCACAUGCUGAUGCAAUGGGGUCAGUUUUUGGACCACGACCUCGACCAGACGGUGGCCGCCAUCAGCAUGGCACGUUUCUCCGAUGGGGCCUCUUGCAGCCAGGUGUGUACCAAUGACCCUCCUUGUUUCUCCGUCAUGAUCCCGGAAAACGACCCCCGGGUCAAGAAUGGGCGUUGUAUGUUCUUUGUCCGGUCCAGCCCCGUCUGUGGCAGCGGCAUGACCUCCCUGUUGAUGAACUCUGUCUAUGCCCGGGAGCAAAUCAACCACCUCACCUCUUUCAUCGAUGCCUCCAACGUCUAUGGCAGCACCGAACAUGAAUCCCUGGAACUGAGGGACCUAAGCAGCCAGAGAGGACUUCUCAAGCGAGGCGAGGUGGUGGUGAGCUCCGGGAAGCCCCUCCUUCCCUUCGCCGUGGGGCCUCCCACGGAAUGCAUGAGGGACGAGAGCGAGAGCCCGGUGCCGUGCUUCUUGGCGGGCGACCACCGCGCCAACGAACAGCUGGGCCUGACCACCAUGCACACCCUGUGGUUCCGUGAACACAACCGUGUGGCUGCCAAGCUCCUGGCCCUGAAUCCGGACUGGGACGGGGACACCGUCUACCACGAGGCUCGCAAGAUUGUCGGAGCCCAAAUGCAGCACAUCACCUACUCCCACUGGCUGCCCAAGAUCCUCGGGGACGCGGGGAUGAAACUCUUAGGGGUGUACAACGGCUACGAUCCAGACACUCAUCCUGGAAUCCUGAACGCUUUUGCCACGGCUGCGUUCCGCUUUGGGCACACCUUGAUCAACCCCCUCCUCUACCGGCUCAACGAAACCUUUCAGCCCAUCCCGCAGGGCCACGUCCCUCUUCACAAGGCCUUCUUCUCGCCCUUCCGGAUCCUCCAGGAGGGAGGCAUCGACCCUCUUCUCCGUGGACUCUUCGGGGUCCCCGGGAAAAUGCGGGUCCCGUCCGAACUCUUGAACAUGGAGCUCACGGAGAAGCUCUUCUCGAUGGCGCACUCCGUCUCCCUGGACCUGGCAGCCAUCAACAUCCAGAGGGGGCGUGAUCAUGGCAUCCCCCCGUAUAAUGAUUUCCGGGUCUUCUGCAACCUCACGUUGGCCCAGGAGUUCGAAGACCUCAAGAAUGAAAUUAAAAAUCUGGAAAUCCGGGAAAAACUCAGGAGUUUGUAUGGAAUUACAAAAAAUAUCGACCUGUUUCCAGCCCUGAUGGUGGAAGACCUCGUCCCCGGAACCCGAGUGGGGCCGACUCUCCUGUGCCUCUUGGUGACCCAGUUUAGAAGGCUCCGGGAUGGAGACAGGUUUUGGUAUGAGAAUCCAGGAAUGUUCACCCCAGCCCAGCUUACCCAGAUAAAGCAGGCAUCGCUUGCCCGUAUUAUCUGCGACAACAGCGACCACAUCCAGCAACUCCAGAAGGAUGUGUUCCGGGUGGCGCCGUACCCGCAGGGCAUGGUGAGCUGUGACGAAAUCCCACAAGUGGAUCUACGCAUGUGGCAGGACUGCUGCGAAGACUGCAGGACAAGAGGGCAGUUCAGGGCUCUCUCGCAACAAUUCCGGAGGAAAAGAUCUUCUGGCUUCAGCUACCCUGAGGAGAAGCCCUCAGAUGCCAAGCCUAGAGUGUCAAGCAUGGAAGAGCCACCUCAGCACUACACUUCAGAAGAGGAUCUUGCAGCUGUGGUGAAAGGACUUGAAAAAAUGAUCUCCUCUCUUCAGAAACAGGUGAGCCGCUUGGAAGGCGAGCUGAGAAAGCACCAAAGAUGGACCCCUGCCAGAAAUGGUCAGCCGCGGAAAGCCGGAGUCACAUGGAACAAAAGAUGACCCCCUUUGCCGUCUGCGCUCAAAGCACAGGAGGGAGCACUAUGGCGCAAAAGUGAUUGCAUGUUUAAAAAGUGAAAAUGCGGAGUGCAGGAAUAGCCGAUACCCCAAAGAAAACCAAAGAAGAGUGGCAGUAGAGUGGAGAAGGACCCAUCCAAAAAAACCCCUCAUCAGGAGACAUUGCCAUCACAUGACAUUCAGCCGACAAAGUGUACAUACGGGCAUGCAUCAGUGCAGCACAGUUACUAGGGUCUUACAAGAGCAUAAUGCGUCCUGGGGCAAACUGGAGCAAGGCAGAGCAAAAAUACUACAAACCCCCCCCCCCAAAGGUGGAAAGCAAGCGGGGGUUGUCCUACUUUGACUCUGUGGAGUCGCAGUUUCACUUUGCUUUGUGUAGACACUGGGAUGCGGUGCCCGUGUCAUCAUGGGUGCAAGGAAAAGCAAGCAAACGCUCCAUGUAGAUGCGCACAUGGGUUUUCCAC